GUGGCGCGAAAGGCGGCCGGACGAGUCCGCCUCCACGGACACUCGGUUUCGCAAUGGCAGCGUAUAACGUUCUCGCUGCUUCUUCAUCUUCGGUGUCUUCUUCCGCUCGCGUCUUCUUGUCCUCCCCCCCUCGGUUGAGUUCCGAAACUAUCUCGACGAGGCCGUGGCUCUGCCGAAGAUUCUCCCUCGCUCUGUCCAGUAGGAGCAACAAGAACCGACGAGGGAUGGGUUCGUCUCCGUCCGCCAUGAGCAAGGAACAAGCUUCACAAGGGAAGGUGGACAAUUCGAAGGUUAGUGAUGAUGAAUGGAGAAAACGCCUUACCGAGCAGCAGUUCUAUGUAACUCGACAGAAAGGGACCGAGAGAGCUUUCACUGGGGAAUAUUGGAACACUAAAACUCCUGGGACAUAUCAUUGUAUCUGUUGCGACGCUCCUUUAUUUGAAUCUAAUACGAAGUUUGACAGUGGGACUGGUUGGCCAUCUUAUUAUGAACCUGUGGGAGAUAAUGUGAAAUCAAAAUUGGAUAUGUCCAUUAUCUUCAUGCCUAGACAGGAAGUUCUAUGUGCAGUAUGUGAUGCUCAUCUGGGCCAUGUAUUUGAUGACGGUCCACCACCUACCGGGAAGCGUUACUGCAUCAACAGUGUAUCAUUGAAGCUAAAGCCUCUCUAGAAGAAAAUUGCAGGAAAGAGCUUAGGGACACAAAUAUAUGGUCGAAAAAUCCGUAUGCGAUUCAUUACCCUGUGUCCGGUGAGUCAAUGUCCUUUUAAGUGUCUUAAUGUAUAACAUGAACAGUGAAUGACAGUCUAGUUUGCACCGAUGGUUGAUGCAGAUGAUAAUCUUCUGAUCGCA